AUGUGGCUUACCUGUUUACGACGCAAGUCAUAUAAGCAAACAACAAUAUGAGGAAAAUGGACAACGGACUCACCCUAAUUGCAACGAUCUUCCUCGACGAUUUCUCUUGAUUGAAGGCACCUGGGCCUUUUGUAGAUACGAAGAAAAGGCGCUGGGGCCUCUUGCAUCAACGAAAAUGAAACAACAAUAACAAUAACAACGGGCCGCCACGAGAUGUUCUCACUUCGACGGUUAACGAACAACGCAUAAACAAACCACUCUAUAGACUGUUAACACAAAUGGGAGGAACACGGUUGGCAAAGUGAAUUCGCUCACAAGUAUGAGAUGGCGCUAUCACGCUGGGAGUAGAUCAUUUGGAAGCGUGCGACUUUAUCGACGGAUAAAUUCUGUUAAAUUUGUCAUCGUACGUUUCAUUUCAUUCAUAGAUUUCAUUCAGAUUAGAAUUGAAACGCGCAAUAUUACGCGCAGCACGUCGUAGUUUUUGUUCGUUCAAAAUCCACGUGAAAAGUAGAAGUGUAGGUGUUUGUUUUUUAAAUUAUGGGUUACGUGAAAUGUUGUGUACCCAAUUGUUUGGACAAAACAUCGUCGAGACAUCGCUUUCCAAAUCCGAAAAAGCACAUGGCUCGAUUUUUAGAGUGGAAAGCAAGGAUUGGAAAUUCCAGGUUUCUGGAGCUAGAACCACCGCAAAUUUAUAAUUUAAUGCAAGUGUGUCAUCUCCACUUUGAAACGCAAUAUUUCUCACCUGGUGCAAAAAGACUUCACUUGAAUGCUGUACCAACGCUUUUUUUGCCAGAAUGUGGUAAGCAUAAUAAUUACUAAAUCUAUUUUUCUAGAAAUACUUUAUCAGGAUAAAAAAUUUGUUUAACUUGGUAUUACAUUGCAGCUCCCAAUAGCAUUGAAAAUGAAGCAGUGGAAAUAAACAGUUCAGACGCUGAUCAGCAGAACACUAUCCUUCGUAGCGUCGAAGUAAAUGCCACGUUAAAAGAAGCGCCCAAUGAAAUCAAAGAGCUAAGGAUGUAUGAUACACCACUCAAAAUGUUGAAAAGUAUUGGUGUUCCAAAUACUAAAAAUUUUACACCAAAAAAGAAGAAUCUUUAUGGUCUCGUAAGGCGACUAUCGAAAACAUUGAAGAGGACCUCCGCUGCAAAACAGUCUUUUAGGCAAAGAUUGUUUCAAGCCGAAAGAUUUGCUAGUGAAAACGCGCUAAACACAAACAUUUCGAAACUAAAUGCGCUGGCUGCGCAAUUCAUUAACUGCCAGUUGCGCGAAACUGGCAAAGCUCCCCGACAACAUAGAUUUACAACAGAAGAGAAAAUUUUGGCUUUGACAUUAUAUAAUCAAGGUCCCAAGGCUUAUAGAUUUUUAUCCAAAAUUUUCACAUUGCCAAGUAAAUCAACAUUAAAUAAUUUUUUGAAGUUAGUAAGUGUUGAUGCUGGAAUAAAUUCCAACAUUUUUGAGGCGUUGAAAACUUCAACAGAAACAAUGAGUCCCUCUGAAAAAUUCGUGUCUCUGAUCUGGGAUGAAAUGGCUAUACGACCGGGGUUACAUUUUAAUGAAAGGAAAGGUUACAUUGAAGGCUUCGGUGAUAUGGGGAACGGAAAAAGAGUUGAUGACAUUGCCGACCACGUAUUGGUAUUUAUAAUUAGGGGGAUAAAGAAGAAAUUCAAACAACCUAUUUGUUAUGCUUUUUCUUGUAAGGGGGGUGCAAAAUGGUCGGAAAUUAAAUAUCUGGUUUCAAGAAUUAUUGAAAUGUUGAUUGAUAUUGGGCUUAAACCGAUUGCAACUAUAUGUGAUCAAGCAACUACCAACGUUAAAGUCCUAAAUUCAUUAAUUUUUGAUAGUAAAACAGAUUACUUAAAAAAAGGACUGGAAUUUCAAGGAGGAUUUUUUGAGAACAAUGGCUACAAAAUUUACCCAAUUUUUGAUCCGCCUCACCUUAUUAAAGGAAUUAGAAAUAAUUUCCUCAAUAAGAAGAUUUCUUUUGAAAUGAACGGGAAAAAAAUGGUCGCCAACUGGGAACACAUAGUGAAGCUAUAUGAGAAGGACAACGGUCCAAAUACGGUUGACGGGUUACGAGCUCUAUCACAUUUGCAUGACGAGCACAUUUAUGCAUCAAAAAUGAAAAAAAUGAAGGUGAAAUACGCCACCCAACUUUUUAGUCAACGAUUGGCGUCAACUCUUAAACUCGCAAGUUCUCUGGAUUCAGCAGAAGUUUUGGCUAAAGGCGUAGAACAGACAGCUGAAUUAUUGUUCUUUUUUGAUCGGCUUUUUGACUCCGUGAACGGAAGCAGCGCCACCCCUCAAAAAGGAAAGCUACUGCGUUGCGGAAUCAACGACAAAAGCAAGCAUUUUGAUUUUUGGACGAAGGAAGCAUUACCUGUAUUGAGUUCAAUGAAAUUCAUUUCUGUCAAUGCAGGCGACAAAGAAAGACCACCUUCGUUAAAAAAUUGGUCAUUCACAAUUAAAAAUUUUAUGAAUAUUUGGAAUGUUCUCAAAGGAAAUGGUUUUGAUUACUUACUCGGACGUCAUUUAAAUCAAGAUCCACUAGAAAAUUUGUUUGGACAAGUGAGGGGCCAGGCCGUUUUUAAUAAUAAUCCAACGCCGUCGGCAUUUGUUGCAAUUUUUAAAAGCAUGUUAAUCAAUUCGAGUUUGAAGAUAUAUAGUGGAAAUUUCAACUGCGAGAACGAUAAUUGUGAAAAGCUAUUUGGAGGUAUAGAACAUUUUUUUAAACCAAAUUUAGAACCGAGGUUGAUUGAAUUGGGAAGAUCAGAAACAAUUUCUCAUUCGAACGAAUUUGAAGUGGAAAAUUUAGAUGGGGCCGUGCUACAAUUAGCUUUAAGUGAACUUAGCAACAAUUAUGUUGCUGGGUUCAUUCUUAAAAAAAUAAAGAAGAAAGUAAUGCAUUGUGAACAAUGCAAAGAUGAGAUGUUUGGUGCUUCACACGAUGAAAAUAAUGCUCUCAUCAAAAGUAGGGAAUAUGGUGGUGGAUGGAAUCAGCGACUGUGCUAUCCGUCCCAUAGAUUUGCUGUAUAUUUUUAUGAAACGCAGCAAUUUAUUCAUAAUUAUUUAAAAGACGCACCAUCCAAUAUGCUGUUAAAAAUUGAUUUACAAAACGGCAUGCUGAAUAGAGAUGUGAAAUUAAUACCAGCAUGCCAAAAUCAUCAAAACGAUGUCCGUUUAUUUGUUAAUAGCAUGUGUAUUCGCACCUUGGUGCAUGCCUGGUGCAAAGAAAUUAAUUUAAUAUUGUGCGGUAAAAACACGGUUCGUCCAACUAAUAGUUGUCCUGUGAAAAUAAAAGCUUUUAAUAUGUUCAAAAAACGUCACAGAAGAAUGAAACAAAGUAUAAAAAUUUUAUAA